CUUCAGAGCCCCUUUCGCAUGCGACCCAUGUUCCUCGCGGGUGACCUGCCAUGGAGAGUCCGGGAGCUGGCAACCCGGUUUGGGCACCAGGUCUUGGGAACUUUAUCAGUGCUGGUCACUGGCACUGGCAGCUAGCAGAGCUGGCACAGGCUCUGGAGCUUCGCCGCGGUGAUCACGUUGCUGCCGCGCCCGUUGCUGCUGCGGGUGCCGUUGACGCCGUGCGUCCGGCGGCGCAGGCGCUGUCGUCCGCGGCCGGCGGUGACGGCGGCGCUUGGGCGAAAACGAUCUGCUGGGAGCCGAGCGUCGGGCAACUGCGGCAGUUGAGGCAACGCAUGGCCAAUGGUGGCCGCGUGGUGGCUGCCGCCCGCCCUUGGCGGGCGGUUGAUUGGCCAGCCGCUUCUCGCCCAGUGAGAUGGUCACCUCAAUCUGAAGAGAGGCUUUGCAAGAACUUUCUGGAUGCAGGCUUUGAGCUGCUCCAGGUGCGAGUGUGCUGUUAUCCUUGCGAAAUCACGUGGACCGCUUGGCUCAACGUGCUGGAGAAGCUCUUCCCCGAGCACGGACGCCAGCGGAGCACGAUGGCAGAUCCCGAGGGCGAACGCUAUCUCCACUUUGAUGAUCGCCUCCUUCUGGUCACGGCUCAGCUUCCGAACCCCGCGUGGCACCUGGCGUUGGAAGGUUUCUGGGCGCCACUGCUGGUGCUCCAGCCAUGGGAAGCUCAAGAGGUACUGGAGCAGCUGGAUGCUCACGCACAGCAGGUCAUCGGAAGCGGAGCAAAGGUGGAAGAUCUGCAGGGAGAGCAGCGCUUCAAAGUGCAUUUGCUGUAUCCCUGGGCCGCUCGCUUGGUGCGGCACCCGGUUUUAGUGUCGGCGGUGCAAAAGGCCUUGGGCACGCAGGACGUGUUACUUUGGUUCUCGGAGGUGAAUGCUAAAGCGCCGAUGUCCAAAUGCCAUGCGGCUCCACAUCAGGAUGGGAUUUUCGCAUCGCUGUGGCCCAACGAUGCGGUGUGCAGCGUCUUCGUGGCGCUGACGGACGCCACAGCGGAGAUGGGAGGCUUAUUCUUCCAGCGCGGGUCGCAUCUGAGGGGCCAACUGCCUCACAUCGUGGAUGGGGAGGCUCAGAACUUGAUCGGCUUCAAGUGUGAAGAGGCGAACCAGGUCUUCGAUUCAGACGAAGCCGUGCCAGUGGAACUGAAGGCUGGAGAGGCCAGUCUUCACACCUUCCGCACCCUCCACUGGUCUGGUCCCAACUUAACCUCCACCCGGCGCGUGGGCCUCGCGCUGCGCUACGUCCGCGCGGACGUGGCGCGCUCGCGGCCGCUGCGUCGCCGCGAGAGCGCCACGGUGGCGGCCGGGCGCUACGACGCCCGGCGUGGGGCCUUCGACGUGGAGAUGGAGCCGCGAAGAGCGCUGGGAGAGGAGGAGGUGAAGUGCCAUCAGGAGGCCUUGGCAAGGGAGAGGGAGAACUACUGUGCAGAUGAGGUGUGA